AUAGCAAUAGUUCACUUGAGCUAAAGCUCAGGUGACCUAAACAUUCUUAGACUCGUUUCAUAAAUCUCAUAUGAAAACUCAUGUUAGCUCCUAUAUGUAUCACUCGAGUGGCUACGAUUCAUAAAUGUGUGCAUUCCGUUUGUAUGGAGAAUAUGUGUACUGGUAUUUAAGGAACAAACGACCUAUCAUGUAAUGGUAUUACAAUGACAAACUGUCGUGUUGUGUAGCUGCACAGCAAUUCUAAGUUAUAGAAACAUCGUACGGUGAACAUGACAUCGUGUAGUUAUAUGUUGUUGGUGUACAGCUUAAUUCGUAUUUGGGUAUCGCUUACUACACGUACAGUGAUCAAAUCUUGAGUGUAUGGAAGGGAAAAGGGGAGGAGAAUAGAUUUGCUUUACACUUAUAUAUUAUGCAUAUGUACAUUGUGAUAAUACUUAAGAUAUUUCUUUUCUUAAAAUGAUGAAUUGCGCUGUAACUCCAACAGAAAUGAGGUAUGAAAACAAGUUUUUUAGAGUAACACAUUUUAGUUUUCUGGGUUUAAUCAUACAGUAGGACUGCGCGCUUCAAUGGAAUUCCGGUUUCCUUAUACAUUAGGACUGCGCGCUUCAAUGGAAUUCCGUUUUACUUAUACAUAAGGACUAUGCGCUUCAAUAGAAUUCCGGUUUCCUUAUACAUACAUGUAAGGACUGCGCGCUUCAAUGGAAUUCCGACUUCUUUAUGCAUUAGGACUGCGCGCUUCAAUGGAAUUCCAGAUUCCUUAUACAUUAGGACUGCGCGCUUCAAUGGAAUUCUGGUUUCCUUAUACAUUAGGACUGCGCGCUUCAAUAAAAUUCCGGUUUCCUUAUAAAUUAGGACUGCGCGCUUCAAUGGAAUUCCGUUUUACUUAUACAUUAGGACUGUGCGCUUCAAUAGAAUUCCGGUUUCCUUGUACAUACAUGUAAGGACUGCGCGCUUCAAUGGAGAAUUCCGGUUUCCUUAUACAUUAGGACUGCGCGCUCCAAUGGAAUUCCAGAUUCCUUAUACAUUAGGACUGCGCGCUUCAAUGGAAUUCCGUUUUACUUAUACAUAAGGACUGUGCGCUUCAAUAGAAUUCCGGUUUCCUUAUACAUACAUGUAAUGACUGCGCGCUUCAAUGGAAUUCCGACUUCCUUAUGCAUUAGGACAGCGCGCUUCAAUGGAAUUCCAGAUUCCUUAUACAUAAGGACUGCGCGCUUCAAUGGAAUUCCGGUUUCCUUAUACAUUAGGACUGCGCGCUUCAAUAAAAUUCCGGUUUCCUUAUACAUUAGGACUGCGCGCUUCAAUGGAAUUCCGGUUUACUUAUACAUAAGGAUUGUGCGGUUCAAUAGAAUUCCGGUUUCCUUAUACAUACAUGUAAGGACUGCGCGCUUCAAUGGAAUUCCGACUUCCUUAUGCAUUAGGACUGCGCGCUUCAAUGGAAUUCCAGGUUCCUUAUACAUUAGGACUGCGCGCUUCAAUGGAAUUCCGGUUACCUUAUACAUUAGGACUGCGCGCUUCAAUGGAACUCCGGUUUCCUUAUACAUUAGGACUGCGCGCCUCAAUGGAAUUCCGUUUUACUUAUACAUAAGGACUGUGCGCUUCAAUAGAAUUCCGGUUUCCUUAUACAUACAUGUAAGGACUGCUCGCUUCAAUGGAAUUCCGACUUCCUUAUGCAUUAGGACAGCGCGCUUCAAUGGAAUUCCAGAUUCCUUAUACAUAAGGACUGCGCGCUUCAAUGGAAUUCCGGUUUCCUUAUACAUUCGGACUGCGCGCUUCAAUGGAAUUCCGUUUUACUUAUACAUUAGGACUGGGCGCUUCAAUAGAAUUCCGGUUUCCUUAUACAUACAUGUAAGGACUGCGCGCUUCAAUGGAAAUCCGACUUCCUUAUGCAUUAGGACUGCGCGCUUCAAUGGAACUCCGGUUUCCUUAUACAUUAGGAGGACUGCGCGCUUCAAUGGAAUUCCGGUUUCCUUAUACAUUAGGACUGCGCGCAUCAAUGGAACUCCGGUUUCCUUAUACAUGAGGACUGCGCGCUUCAAUUGAAUUCCGGUUUCCUUAUGCAUUAGGACUGCGCGCUUCAAUGGAACUCCGGUUUACUUAUACAUUAGGACUGCGCGCUUCAAUGGAAAUCCGGUUUCCUUAUACAUUAGGACUGCGCGUUUCAAUGGAAUUCCGGUUAACUUAUGCAUUAGGACUGCGCGCUUCAAUGGAAUU